CGGUGCCUCGUCCACCUUCUGCUGCAGACCCAAUGGCAGCGCUCGGCCUGCCCGCCCUGUCCCGCGUGGCAAUCUGUGGCGGCACCCAUGGAAAUGAGCUGUCGGGUGUGUAUCUGCUGAGGGAGCUGCAAAAGAGUAGGCAGGAGGAAGCUCCGGACUCCGUGGCCCUCGUGACGGUGAUGUCAAACCCACGUGCCGUGCAGCAGUGCCGGAGAUACACGGAGACUGACCUCAACCGCUGCUUCACUGAUGCCACCUUGAGCUCGCCGAUUUCCGACCGAACCCCAUAUGAAAUUGUGCGAGCUCAGGAGCUGAAUGCUCUUCUGGGCCCCAAAGGCAGUGCCGAUGCUGUGGACCUGGUGUGUGACCUCCACAACACAACUGCCAACAUGGGGCUGUGCUUCAUCUCCUACUCUGACUGCGACUGGAUCUGUCUGCAUAUUUGCAGACACCUGCAGAGGGAGAUGCCAUCUACACCUGUGAGGUACCUGCAUUACAACAUCCCGCAGUCAGAGGCCUACUCUCUGGAGUCUGUAGGCAAACAUGGCUUCGCAAUGGAGAUUGGCCCGCAGCCACAUGGUGUCAUCAGGGCUGAUAUCAUGGGUAUCAUGGCAGAAGGGGUUCGCCUGAUGCUUGACUGGGUCUGUCGUUUUAAUUCCGGGGAGCAGUUUAAGGGAGACAAGAUGGAAGUGUACACCUUGGUGAGGAACGUCGAUUACCCUCGAGACCCAGCGACUCAUUCGAUCAUUGCUGCCAUUCAUCCUCAGCUACAGGACCGUGACUUCUGUCUCCUCCAUCACGGCGACCCUCUCUUCCUGCACUUCUCAGGAAAGACCGAGUGCUACCCGUGGGCAGAGCCGCUCUACCCCUUCUUCGUCAACGAGGGUGCGUACUAUGAGAAGGGCAUCGCCCUCUCACUUGCCCACAAGAACACGGUGGGGAUUCCGCCUAUUUGUGUGCAAAGAGACUGA